CGUCACCCCGUCGGCGCGGCGCCGACGUUGACUCGCACGCGUUCAUAACGCCGACACGCCGGGGAGCCAUGCCGCCUCCAUGUGGAGAAGUAAACGCGCUCCUCCCGUCUCAACGCCUUGUGCAUAAAUAGCCCCGCGAGCUGGGAUCGGGCCACGCAAUCUAGGCGUUAUUCGUUCGGCUUCGCUGCGCGCUCGAAUCGCGUGAUCGAUCAAGCGGCCGGCGGCGGAAGAAUUGGGGUCGAGAUCAGGCAGGAGCGAGGAGAUGGCGCAGGGGACGCUGGAGGUGCUGCUCGUCGGAGCCAAGGGCCUCGAGAACACCGAUUACCUGAGUAACAUGGAUCCCUACGCGGUUCUGAAAUGCCGCUCCCAGGAGCAGAAGAGCAGCGUUGCGUCUGGGAAAGGAUGCGAUCCUGAAUGGAACGAGACCUUUGUGUUCACCGUCUCCGACAGCACAACGGAGCUAUUCGUCAAGCUUCUGGACAGCGAUGGUGGCACGGAUGACGACUUUGUUGGUGAAACAACUAUUCCACUAGAAGCAGUUUUUACUGAAGGAAGCAUCCCUCCAACUGUUUACAAUGUCGUGAAAGAUGAAGAAUACCGCGGAGAAAUCAAACUUGGUCUCACAUUCACUCCAGAGCAGGAUGCUCGUGAUCAGGGCUUCUGAUACAUAGUAGUCUUGAAAAGAAGCAGAUUCCUUGAUGUCUUGCCGCAAUGUCAUGUGUGACCAAGUCAGUGUUCUUGAGCAUGUACACCUUAUAUAGUAUUGAAGCCUGCAACUUAUUACUCUAAAACGAGUCCCCGUAUUGUUGGCAUGUUGCUGAAAGUUUGUAAUAAUGGUGUUGGCCACUUGUAUGAGCUUAUGGCUGAACCCCACUCUCGAUGUUCAUCAGAUAACCUGUCGUUACUCCAACAGGCCGUGACUGCCGCAAGA